GUUGGUGCUGGAACACUGGUGCUCAAGGUGCUACUGAAAUCACAAACAUUUGUAUUAUGUGAACAAUCUCUGUUGUUACAUAAACGAAGAGUUUUAGUCCCCCAGUUACAAGUGAACUUUUCAAUGGCGAUGACAUCUAGCAAGAAUGGGCUCAACUACAGAAGCACUACCUACCUUUUUAAUGACAACUUUAAAAAUAAAGCAAGAUUCUCUCUGAGGAGAAUGAAUAGUUUUGACUGCAGCUACGAAGAUACAAGUAUGAGGGUGGAGAGAAUCAAGAGGGAGGCGUCUGCGGAGGGCCGACUACGAGGAGACCACUUCCAGUACACACACUCCUCUACUGGCUGCUUGGCUCCUGGACAAAAAAUGUUGAGGUUUUCCGAUGAAUGCUGGUGUGGGCCCGCAGUGGAGCACAGCUGCGACUCACCAACCAAGUUAAAACAGAGAACAGUAUCCAAGCUGAACUCUGGUGCAAGUGUAGAAAGACGGACAAAUAGUCAGCGGUCCCUGACUGAGAGACGCAGCCUCAGCCCUGCUAACAGUAAGGAUGUCACUCACCGUCACAAUCGCUCUUCAGACAGACACUAUUGCAAAACUUGCUCCAUUAUGGAACGACGAAGACAGUUUUGUUCCUCUGUCAGCCUACCCUCAACUUCCAAACCACCAUAUGAAGCAGUCACCCCCGUCAGCAGCACACCAGCACCGUCUACUGCAGUCUCCACAGAGGGUCGCAGGCGUCGCUCUCAGUUCCGGAGGGCGUGGUCACUUUUCACUAUAUCGUGUGAUAAGGAUGUUCAACGCCGCGAGAAGUCACCGCAACCGAGCAUCCUACGUGCACCCACCCGCCACAUAUACCGUAGGGGACUCUCUGGCCUUCCCAUCCAGUGCUCCUCAAACACACUAGGCCUAGCCUACUGACUUUCUCUUUUCCCCCAUCCUCUCUGAAUUUUUCCCCGUGAUAAUGGACACAUCAAAUUACCUUUACAAAUAUUGCUAUUAUAGUGUUUGUGGUGUGUGGAAAAUCACUGGUGCAGAAAAAUCACUGCUACAGAAGAAUCACAGCUGCAGAAGUGGCACUGCUGCUGAUAAAUCAACAACGGAAAAGCAUCACUGCAGCAAGAGCAGCAAAGAUGCAGAAAAUCAUUGAUUCUGAGAAAUCAACGAUGGAAAAUAUUCACUGUUGCAGAUGAAUCACUGUUACACAAGAAUCAUUGCAGCAAGAGAAUCAUUUCCUACAGAAGAAGCACUUACAAAAGAAUCACUGUAGUAUAAGAACCACCGCUGUAGAAAAAUCACUUAUACAAGAACCCUACAGCAAAAGAAUCACUCCUACAGAAGAAUAACUACUGCAGAAGAUUCGCUGUUGUUGAAUCUCUACUGCAGAAGAAUCGCUGCAGCAAAAGAAUCACUGCUGCUGAAGAUUCACACAAGAAUCGCUGCUACAAAAGAAUCACCGCUACAGGCUGUUGUCGAAUCACUGCUACAGAAGGAGCUAUAUUUUUUAAUCACACGAAUGUAUUCAAGGUCACUCCCAGUGAAAGACUUAUUAAUUAUUAAUUAUUAACAUGAUAUGAUUUACCUAAUCGCGUUCACCAAUAAUUUCACAAUAUUCUUAUUUCCUUGAUUUCACCCUCUUGCCGACUGCUAAAUUGUUGAUGUUUGUUUUAUAACAUAUACUCUGAAUAAAUCAACGAGUUAUGUAAUACUGAGAAAUAUCUAUACAAUAUAUUUUUGCAAAUUUAACUUAAAAGGUCCAAGAGACUACGAGUGUUGUCGUUCUCUCGGUACGAACGCUUCAGGUUCUGUGAUCAGAGAAUACUCUUUUACAUAGGUAUUUCGUAAAUGUGGUAAAUAUUACAUUAUUUUUUUGUAUGCUCAACGAUAUUUCUUAAUCCUUGCUAAAAGAAGUUUGUAUAUUUUUGCAAAUCUUGUAUUUGA